AUGGCAGGUACGGAUAUCAAGCCUGUCAACCAGGAUGAGAACGAAGUUCCCACCUUGAAAGACCUCAAAGAUGCAAUUCCGAAAGAAUGCUUUGAGUCCUCCCUUCCGAUUUCUCUCCUAUAUCUGGCUCGGGACAUUAUCUAUUGCGCAGCUUUGAUCUAUGCUGCACUCCACAUCCAUCUUCUGCCUUCUCUGCCUUUGCGGAUUGUGGCUUGGGCCGCCUACACUUUUUUCCAAGGCUGUGUUGGAACUGGACUUUGGAUUCUUGCCCACGAAUGUGGUCAUGGCGCGUUCUCGAAGUAUCAGACUCUGAACGACUUCAUUGGUUGGGCUACACACUCGUUCCUUAUGGUUCCAUACUUUUCCUGGAAGAUCACCCAUGCUCGCCAUCAUCGCUACACUGGACACAUGGAAAAGGAUACGGUUUUUGUCCCGUGGACUGACAAGGACUUGGCUUCGAAGAAGAACUUGAAGAUUGAACAGCUGAAGCAUCUUGCCGAAGAGACUCCAAUCGUCUCAUUCAUGCAACUCAUUGGACAUCAAUUGAUGGGAUGGCAGCUGUACCUGUUCCUGAAUGUGACUGCAGGCUUGAAGAGCGGCCCGGAAGGCAAAGGCAAAGUGGAAUUUGCGAGUCAUUACAACCCGUCAAGUGCUCUCUUCGGACCUUCGCAAUGGAAACUGAUCGCCUAUUCCGAUAUCGGCCUGUUGACCAUGGGCUCUAUUGUUUGGUACACUGGUACUAUUAUCGGCGCGUGGAACAUCGUUCUUCUUUACGUGAUUCCGUACAUGUGGGUUCACCACUGGUUGAUCGCUAUCACAUAUCUUCAGCACACUCACCCUGCUGUUCCACACUACACCGCAGAGGCCUGGACCUAUACCAAAGGAGCAUUGGCCACUAUUGACCGGACAACCGGAUUCAUUGGCCGCCACUUCUUCCACGAAAUCAUUGAUUACCAUGUCGUUCACCACCUUUUCAGCCGCAUCCCCUUUUACAACGCCGAGAAGGCUACCAAAGCAAUCCAGCCGAUGCUUGGCGAGAACUACCACGAAGAGAAAGAAGAGAGCUUCUUGUACUCGUUGAUGGUCACGUUCCGGAAGUGCAUCUACGUUUCGGAAAAAGGACGACCUAACGCACAGCCUGGUGUCCUCCAUUUUGUUCUAGGCGAUGACAGCAAAUGA